AAUGGGAAAUCCGUUUGAGGCGAGGGGAGGUGGCGGCGGCGGCCAAUCAGAAAAGCGGAGAGUGCGGAGGCUCCGGAACGGCGGUCCAGCACGCGGGAGGGGAUGGCAGAGGACGCGCUCUAUGAAAAGAUCUCGAAGAAGGGCGGACUGACGGCCGGAGACCCCCAGGAGGAGACGGAGCCCAUCAACCUCCUGCAGAAACUGCGCAGCCGCAUCACAAAAGCCGUGCAAAUUAAAGUGGACAGUAUACUGGGGGACGUCCAGAAGUUGUCUGACUAUGACAAGCUGUACCUCUAUCUCCAGCUGCCACCCGGCCCCAGCGGCCCCGACAAAAGCUUGGAUGUAGGCUGCGUGACCACGGCGGAACACAUGCACGCCUGUACGUGGAUACGGAACCACCUGGAGGAGCACACGGACACCUGCCUGCCCAAACAGGAUGUGUACGACGCGUACAAGCGCUACUGCGAUAACCUCUGCGGACGACCACUCAGCGUCGCCAACUUCGGAAAGAUCAUCCGAGAGAUUUUCCCAAAUAUCAAGGCCCGGAGGCUAGGAGGGCGGGGCCAGUCCAAGUAUUGCUACAGCGGCUUACGGAGGAAGAGUAUGGUGAGCAUGCCCCCGCUGCCCAGCCUGGACCUGAAGAUGACAGAGAGUUCCGAGCUGACAGACCUGGUCCAGUCGUACAACAACGACGUCAUCAACGCCUCCUGCGCUCUGAUUUGCAACUGGGCAGAGAAGAUUCUGAAGAGAUCGUUCAACAACGUCGUGGAGGUGGCCCAGUUCCUGAUCCAGCAGCACAUCAUCAACCCCCGCAGUGCCAACGCCGAGCUGGUCCUGUCCAUGGUCCUGUCAGAAAACGCCCAGAGCGGCGGGCAGAAACUACAGAAGCAGCCGGCAGAGGCGCCCGGGAUGAAGAGGCCCCCGUCUCCCGAUAACAGCACGGCAGACAAUAAGAAGAAGACGCCACCAAACACGCACCCAGCUAGCCCCCCGCAGGUGAAGAAGCGCCCCCCCGAGCCACAGAAGGCAGCCAGCAGCCCCCAGGUGGACGCCUUGGUCGCUAAGCUUCCGGUCCUGCGCCCCCGCCUCCCCACAGAAGACAAGUUCGUCAGUUCCAGCCCGCCGGUCCGAUUCGCCCCUCCCGUCCUGGCUUCCAAUCUCCUCCCCGGGCACUUGAAGGUGUCGCCUUUGCCGUUCGCCGCCGUUCCACCGGGAGUGCCGCUGGCGGUGACCACCGCGGGGAUGAACGGGGCAGGGUUGGUCUCUCAGCCGUUGGCCCAGCCCGUCAUCAGCAUGCUCCUUCCCGACGUGGUCAGUUUGGAAUCGCACGUCCUGCCGAAAGUCAGUCAAAACGGCAUCAAAGAGCUGGCAGGAGGCGCGGCCGAAAGCAGAGCGGCUAAGCGGCCCGCGGCCUCCUGCGAGGAGGGACAGUCGAAAAGGAAGCGCGGUCGCCCGCGGAAGGUGGACCCUCAGCUUAUCCCCGGCAAAGGACCCUUGCCGUCUGCGGCACAGCCUGGGAGGGUCGCGGCGGAAGCCCCCAGCGCGACGCAAAUUGGGGACAACGCACAGGAAGCCGUCAGCUCGUCGGAACCGCCGGCCACCAUCACACAAGAAACAGACUCUGCAGCACCGCUGACAAUUGGAGACCAGAUUAUAAAAAGUGAACUCGAGGAGCCGCUUUCCCCCAGCCUGACCGCCAUCAGGAGGGUGGAUGUGCCAAACCAGGUCAGCGUCAUCCAAGAUGGCCGACAGAGCUCGGUGCAGUGGACCGUACGGACAGCAGAGCAAAGGGGUAACAGAGAGGAAGCGUCCCCACAGGCUGAAUCCGAAUGGAUUAGGGUCCAAGUUGAGUGA